UAAUUUAUAUAUAAAUGUCAAGUUAACUGUUGUCAAAAUAAUUACCAAAAAAAACCAUGGGUUUUAUUUUAUUAAGUGACCAAUGGAUACAAUUUUUCAAACAAAUCAAGUGGUCAGUGGCCGCAGCGUUAAUACUGUUACACGUAUCGGCUGUCCGCGGACUAUGCAUACUAGUGACCGAUGCCAAGUGGCAGACAGUUAUCGCAUGUUAUCUAUUAAGUGUCUUAGCCGGGAUUGGAGUACUUGCAGGUGCGCACCGAUACUACAGUCACCGUAGUUUCAAAGCCAAUUGGAAGCUGCGACUGAUACUGAUUGUCCUGCAAACGCUUAGUGGCCAGAAAUCGGCCAUCGAUUGGACACUGGAUCACCAGACACACCACAAGUACGAGGGAACCAAUGCCGACGCUGUUAGUCUUGGCCGCGGCUUUUUCUUUGCCCACAUCGGUUGGGUUGUUAUGGAAAGACAUCCCGACUGUGAGGCCAAACGCAAGCAAAUCAAUGUCGACUAUCUGAUGAACGACCCGCUGGUCAGACUACAGCACCAGUACUAUCUAUUCCUAUAUUUAGUCAUCAAUUGUUUUAUACCGACACUCAUACCCUACAUCUUAUUUGGCGAAACAUUAGUCAACAGUUUCUAUACAUGUUUUGCCUUAAGAUAUGCCUAUACAAUGCAAUUGGCAUUAAGUGGCAAUUCAUUUGCACAUAUGUAUGGUUACCGGGAGUACGACAAGUCAUCGACAUCGACACAUAAUAAGCCACUCAAUUAUCUCACCCUUGGAGGUGCUUAUCAUAACUAUCAUCACGCCUUUCCAUACGACUACUCUGCCAGCGAGUUUGGUGUCAAAAGUUUCAACAUUUAUUCGGCAUUUAUUGAAUUUUUUCACCGAAUCGGUUGGGCCUACGACCUGAAACGGGCACCGCAGCGUAUGGUCGACAAUCGCCGAAAUAGGACCGGCGGUGAAGUGGACACCGGAGCCGUUUUCAAGCGUCGGCCGAUUGUCGACUGGAUUAUCGGUUGGUUUAUCAGUUUCAACAUUGUCUGGACGGUCAUCAUCUAUAGGCUAUUGACUACUCUAUUAUUUUGAUCUCAUUAUUUUGUUGUAUAUA